AUGGGGUCAACGCAAUUCGGAAACUUUCAUAAUUUUUGUCGCGAUUCGACACUCCCAGUAUGCAACCUCUUUCCUGGAUUUAAUUAUACGGAUCCGAGUGGCUUGGAGGGAGGAUGUCAAUUAUUGGGCAUAUCUCUCCCCGGGGAGAAUAAACAUCUCGGCAAUCUAGGGUCGAUAAUAAUCGCAGCAAUAGCAAUUGUGGUGUCGUCGUAUCUCAUAUGGCGGUCAGAACGAAAACAAGCAGCCGUCGGGAGAAGAGAGAUGCAAAUCUUCCUCAUCGGGUAUAUAAUAAUUGAGAUCUGCGAGAUCUUUACCGUCGGCAAAUUCCCCUUAAACCACAAAGUACUGGUUGCCUUCACCGGUAUCCAUUUGGGCAUGAUUGUUGCCACUCUUUGGAUUCUCAUGCUGAACGCUAUUGUGGGUUAUCAACUGCUUGACGAUGGUACUCCGCUAUCCAUCGGGGUCAUCGUGGCGUCCGCCGCAGCACUCUUCGUUGGAACUGGCUAUAUUGCUCUCGAUACAGGAUAUAGCUGGACGGGACAUUUCGAUUCCAGUUUAAGCGGCAACAACCGAAACAUAGGGCUGUACGUCCUUUAUCAACUAGCCCCUCUGAUCUUCCUCUUCGCAUUCUUCGCGCUUGAGACAGCAUUGGUCAUCCGAGUCUUGGGCGAACGCAAACCAAUGAUCUACUUGGGAUCCGCCGCCUUACUCUUCGCUCUCGGCCAAAUCUUCAACUAUGUCGUCAGUAUCCAUAUUUGCAAUGGCACGGACGGCAAGAUCAACGGAGCUCUCUUCGAGACGCUAUUCACGCUCCUCUCUGUGGUGAUGGUCUGGGUUUUCUGGUCAAGCAUUACCGAAGACGAUUGGCCGAUGCCUGUUUCGAAUACGUACCCAUGA